GGGAACAUCGAAGCUCAGCUUCGACCAAAACCAAAAAAAAAGCACACACAAACGAUUACACGAAAUGUCGCUCUAAAUUGAGAGAAUCUAGUCAUUAACUUUAGUCUGAUAUUAGAAGAGAAAAAACAGUACUUAUUACAACAUUUCGGAAUAGACGCAACAAAAUGGGAAACGAAAAGGAAAAAACACAGAUUUCAAUUCCAAAAAAUAAGCAAUGGAUGGCGACGAGGGACGUUCUCUGGUAUUUAGUCUUCUUCGGAUUCGCAGUGAAUUAUAUGAUCCGAAUUAACCUGAACAUCGCGAUCGUUUCGAUGGUCCAGGCCAGACCAAAAUCGAACAUUUCGAGCGUCGAAUGCUUCACUGAAUUAUCGCUUAAUGAGUCUUCGAUCAAUGGAACGGAAAGUGUCGAACAGAUGCAGGAACCUGCGGAUGAGACGAAGUUCGAGUGGAACGAGAAGCAGCAGGGUUUGAUUUUGGGUGCCUUCUUCUGGUUGCAUUGGGCCACCCAAGUUCCCGGUGGUAUUCUUGCUGCAAAGUAUGGAACGAAGAUGAUCUUCGGCGUCUCCAAUUUCGUCGGAGUUCUGUUCUGUUUCAUAAUGCCGUGGGCUUCAUACAUGGGACCGGAAUACUUGAUCUUCCUCAGAGUCGUACAAGGAAUCAUCACUGGUUUCGCCUGGCCGGCGAUGCAUCACAUGACCGCACGCUGGAUUCCGCCGAACGAGAGAAGCAAAUUCGUGACCGCAUAUUUAGGCAGUUCGGUGGGUGCCGGCAUAACGUUCCCCGUUUGCGGUUACAUCAUCUCCAGAUGGGGCUGGGAGGUGGUUUUCCACGUUUGCGGCGUUGCCGGAUGCGUAUGGUACACGGCAUGGUACUUCCUGGUCUUCGAUUCACCUGCUGAACAUCCGAGGAUCAGCGACGAGGAAAGGGAGUACAUCGUCAGGAGUUUGGGUCGAAGCAUUUCCAAAGAAAAGUUUUAG